UUGAUUUUAAGUCCUCGCUUCACUCUCAAAUGAAAAGUUAGCCCUGCACAUGCCAAUUUAUAUGGAUUAACCUAUGAAUAAUUCAGACUCCACAACUACUGUUCACGGUCCAGUCAAGAAAGAUAAUCUCGUUUUUGACGAAUUUCCCUCCCCAUAAGAAAACAAAACCGCCCACCCAAAAGACACACUGCUCAGAAUAAGCUAAUUUAAUGGCGAUGAUGCAGAUUCUGAUUCUCUGCCUCUUAAUCAUUCUAACUGAAGCUGAGGGUGUGCAGCAGAAUACCAGUUUCGUCUUCAACCACUUCAAUACCACAAGCACAAUCAAAUAUGUUGCAGAUGCCUCAAUACAAUCCAACGCAAUACGCCUCACAAAUCACUCAGAGCGUCUCAUUGGUCGUGCUUAUUUUGACAAGGCAGUCCCCAUGAAAAGAAACGGUUCUGUAAUCUCAUUCAGCACAAGCUUCAUAUUCGCCAUGGUUCCGCAUCCGCUCUCGGGCGGCAGCAACGGUCUUUGCUUCAUCAUGACGCCCACAACCGCUCUCAACGCUGCCUUCGCCACGCAGUAUCUGGGUCUCGUAAACCUAUCCAGCAAUGGAAAAGACUACAACCAUCUUUUUGCAGUAGAAUUUGACACAAGUAAGAGCAUAGGCGUGGAGGAUAAGGAUGACAACCAUGUCGGAAUCGAUCUUAAUGGCGUCAAAUCGGUGGCGGCAGAACCUGUUGCUUACUGGAAAGGGAACACAUCGACGCCCAUUAAUCUCAAGAGUGGGCAUAAUAUAAGGGCCUGGAUCGACUAUAAUGACGAAUCCAAGCAGCUGGACAUAAGCAUUGUACCCGUUGGAGAGGCGAGGCCGCAGAAACCCCUGCUCUCCAGGAAAGAUUUGGAUUUGGAUGGAAUUAUACAAGACCAGAUGUGGGUGGGGUUCUCUGCUUCUACAGGCAGUUCUCCUCUGGUUGAGGAUCAUUACAUUUUAGCCUGGAGCUUUGUAACGGGCAAUAAUAAGACUCUGGAUCUAGAUACUUUGCACCUCCCUUCUUUUUAUGUCAGAGGCCCCAAAUUCUAUAAUUCUAUGGAGUUCAUAUACAUUAUUGUAAUAUGCUCAGCAGCUUUCAUCUUGGGACUCAUUCUCGGCAUAUUUUAUUGGUUCAAAAGAACGGAUUACAUAAACUUUACUGAGCAAUGGGAGUUAGAGUGUUGGUCGCACAGAUUUGCUUACCAGGAACUUAACCACAGUACAAAGGGUUUCAGAGACGAUAAUCUUCUGGGUUAUGGGGGUUUUGGCCGGGUAUACAGGGGAACUCUGCCCUCGGGCGAAGAAGUCGCCGUAAAAUGCAUUACAAAAGAUUUUACAGAAGGAAUGGAGGAAUUCAUGGCAGAAAUUUCAAGCCUUGGGCGGCUACAGCACCGGAACCUGGUGCCCCUCAGAGGCUGGUCCAGAAAAAACAAGCGCCUCUUCAUCGUCUACGAUUACAUGUGCAACGGAAGCCUUGAAAGAAAUUUGUUCAGUCCAAAAUUGAGUCUUACUUGGGCCCACAGAUACAAAAUUCUCACAGAUGUAGCCGCCGGGCUGCUAUACUUACAUGAGCAGUGGGACAAAUGUGUGGUACACAGGGACAUUAAAUCCAGCAAUGUAUUGUUGGACAGUGAUCAGAACGGCCGAGUGGGUGACUUUGGUUUGGCAAGGUUAUAUGACCACAGUGAAAAGCCCCAAACUACUCAUGUGGUGGGCACUCUGGGGUACAUUGCACCUGAGCUUAUACAUUCUGGUAAGGCUACUCCUUCCACAGAUGUGUUCAGCUUUGGGGCUCUUAUGCUGGAGGUUGCCUGCGGAAGGAAACCUGUAGAUGCCCAAGGAAUGAUUUUGGUUGAGUGGGUUUGGGAUUUGUAUGCAAAUAAGAGAUUAGUGGAUGCUGUUGACUAGAGGCUUGGGGGCGAUUAUGAUAAGGGCGAAGCUGAAAUUGUGCUUGUAUUAGGGCUUGUGUGUUCAAACCCUGAUCCGCGGGAGAGGAUUAGCAUGAGAAACGUGUUGCAGAUUCUUUCUGGUAAGGCUGCUUUGCCUGUGGAUCUUAAUGUACCCUCGGCUUUUAAGCAUUCUUACAUAGACAUUGCAGAAUUCAAUUCGUUCAGUGCUACUUCUUUGGAGCUGUUAGAAUGAUUUUUCAACUGUUUUGCAUUAGGCAACAUCAAACAGCGAGUGAAUUUUUUGAGAAAUUAAAAUUGUGAAAUGAAUUGUUGUCGGUAUGUUAGACCAACAGUUACAGCAUAGGAUGCCUAUUGGAAAGGACAUCAUUCGUCUGAGAGUACAUUCAUAUUUCAUUGUACAUCAUCUUAUGAGAGUAAUGAGUGCACAUUCAUAAUUCAUAAGAAUCUGUUGAAAAUUUUAGCUUUCAAUAAGAAUUGAUAAAUAAGUGAACUUUUUUGAGAUUUA